AUGGAAGGUCACCACCGGAAGAAGGUCAUAGACACUACAUUCAAGAUGGCGACCCCCUUGUGUCAGUGUUACCAGAUUUGUGUGAGAAGAGGCUUGGUGGCAUUUCCUUCCUCUUACCUACUGCUUCACAACAGACCCAAUGUCUUCAGGAUACGUGGGUUCCUCACAAGUUCUUCACAGGUGCCUCGGUCACCCCCUCUGCAUGUUAGGUAUUUGUCAGGGGAGAGAGGUGGCAGCAGAAAAGGUUUCUUAGGGGAGUUUCUGGACAACCUGAAGCAGGAGCUAAACAAGAACAAGGAAAUGAAAGAAAACAUCAAGAAAUUCCGGGAGGAGGCCAGAAAACUUGAGGAGUCAGACGCAUUGAAACAAGCUCGAAGGAAAUAUAAAACUAUAGAAUCUGAAACAGUAAAGACCUCUGAGGUUCUCAGGAAGAAGAUUGAGCACAUCUCUGAGUCGGUUAAAGAGGGGCUAGAAGAGGUCAGUCGAACAGAAAUUGGAAAGAAAAUCAAGGAGGGAGUGGAGGAAGCCGCCAAAACAGCUAAGACCUCUGCAGAGUCUGUCUCUAAGAGUGGAGAGAUGUUGGGAAGGACUGGUGCGUUCAGAGCAAUAUCACAGGGCAUGGAGAGUGUGAAGAAAGAGAUUGGUGACCUGGGUCACACUGGCCCUUAUCGGCCUCCUGCCAGACUCAGGAAGAGGACUGAGUUCUCCUCCAAGGGGGGAGGGGAUGACAGCAAGGUCUUUGAAGCCAACGAGGAGGCUAUGGGUGUGGUUCUCCACAAGGACUCAAAAUGGUACCAGCAGUGGAAGGACUUCAAAGACAACAACGUGGUCUUCAAUAGGUUCUUUGAGAUGAAGAUGAAGUAUGAUGAGAGCGACAAUGCCUUUAUCAGAGCAUCUCGUGCUGUCACCGACAAGAUGACCGACCUUAUAGGCGGGCUGUUUUCUAAGACGGAGAUGUCCGAGGUACUAACAGAGAUUUUGAAGGUGGACCCUGCCUUUGACAAAGAUUCCUUCCUCAAGCAGUGUGAACGAGAUAUCAUCCCCAAUAUUCUGGAGGCGAUGAUCAGAGGGGAGCUGGAGGUACUGAAGGACUGGUGUUAUGAAGCGACAUACAGUCAGCUGGCACACCCAAUUCAGCAAGCCAAGGCCAUGGGACUUCAGUUCCACUCUAAGAUCCUGGACAUUGACAAUAUUGAUCUGGCCAUGGGGAAAAUGAUGGACCAAGGUCCAGUAUUGAUUAUUACCUUCCAGGCUCAAUUAGUCAUGGUAAUCCGAAACACCAAAGGAGAAGUUGUAGAGGGAGACCCUGAAAAAGUGCUCAGGAUGAUGUAUGUGUGGGCUCUGUGUCGAGACCAGGAGGAGCUCAACCCAUAUGCUGCCUGGAGACUACUUGACAUCUCCGCAUCUAGCACUGAACAGAUCCUCUAACACUCUUUGAUGCACACAAAAUACGCUCACCCAGGGAGAGAACACACUGUACCUGAACAGGCCCCGGAUCUGGCUGGGAAGAAAGGGAGAGGAGGAGAGGAAGGCAAGUGGAGAUGAGGGAGAGACAAGAGGGAUCGGUUCACAACCAAAACACUGUGGAGAAGUGCUGCUUAAUGCUUGGUGCUUCACUGUCUCUCUUUUACUACACUGGCUUUGGGUGUCAGUCCCUACAGUUUUCUUUGAAUGCUUGACACCAUUCUUCUGGUUCACACUAGGGGGCGGUAUACUAUCAACAACUGUCAUCUGUACUUUCUGCAGUGCCUGCAUGGCUGGCCAUUUAUUGAAUCUGUAUUGUACUGGACAGCUGUUGAUUGAUUAAUUAAGUUAUUUAACUUAGGUUCAGCUCUUUCAUUAUGAACAAAGUAUGGAAAUGUAAUGGAGCAGAUUUGUACCCGAGCCCUUUAAAUUCAGGUUGGUCUUUAAAAUCUGAGACGUUUCUGUCACCCCUCCUCUGUUUAACCAGUCCCUCACACUCUCUCUCUUUAUCUCUGAGGUAUUGUUAUCUUGGGGAUUGGCGUUGUUGUGGCCAAUCAGUGAUCUCCUUGAUCCUUGUUGUUUGAUAAUUGUCCAAUGUAAUUGUUAGUUGUGAGAAAGUCUAUAUUUAUUAUGAAAAAUAAAGAUGACCCCUGUUUUUCACACUAGCACACAUUUCUGAAAAUAAAUUCUAUACGUUUUUACUUCUACCCCAAAAAUGGUUAAGCUUGCUGUCAGAUCUGGAGGAUAUCAUGUGAUUCCUUCUAGGGCAGUUGCUAAUUAUUUUUUUAAUUAAAUCCCCAAGUGGGAUUUCUGUGUUUGCUAUAAUAAUUCCUUUGGGAAAAAUGCUACUUUUUAGUGAAUUUUUACAGUUAAAUUUCCAGAGCUAGAGCACUCAUUUGCUUUGAGUGAAAUCAAGCAAUGUAAAAUAAAGUAAACCUGAUUGUAAUGAUGAACACACCAAAUCACCGAGUUUGAGCAUAUUCAUUUUGAUGGCUGUCUUGGUCUAGGGGAUGCACAGUAACAAAAAGAUCAGCUUUUUCUGAUCUGUUACUACAACCUGAAUGGACUCACAUUAGAUUGAAUGUUAUCUCAGUGUACCUUCACCUUUGGGUCUCAUCAACAUCAAUAAUAUGUGGCUUUUUUCACUGUUUUCUGGCAACAUAUCCUUUGACCUUCAUUGUUGUGAGUGGUCAUAAGUCACUGCAACAUGUGUUCAACGUGCCAUGUCGCUGCUCUACACACCACAGCCAUGCGGCCUAUGAUCAACAACCCAAACCCAAACAGCAAGUCAUUUGGAUUUAUAUCAUAGACAACUAGAGCUCAUUACAAGUUUUUCUUAUGAACAGAUUUCUUCAUUUUGUGUUGACAACUCGUGCACCCCAAUUUGUUGCAGACAAUAGUUCAUGUAAGGUCGGACGAUGUAGAGUACGAAGCCGCAUCAUGUUGAGCCUUUUUCUCUUGUCAAGCCAACAGGAAAUCAUAUAGCUGCAUUUUUCUUUUCUGCAUUUGGCCAAUUUCCACUGUAAGAUGUCACCACCUCAAU